CUGUGUCGUCGCGUCUCCUUGCUCCUGUGCCGCUGUGCGUCUCUCGUCGUCGCCGUCGCCGUCGCGUCCUCAUCCAGCGGAGCUCGCGUCACUGCUGCAUCCCCCUCUCUAGUCUCUGCAUCGCCGUGCUUGGUCUCCCUCUUCUCCCUCUCCCACAGUCACAGUCCCCUAUCGUCCUCCCUCUGCUCCGCGCCUCCGCCAUCGAACAGCACCAACCCUGACUCGCGUCCCGCAGCCCUUUCCUCUUCCUCUCCCUUCCUUGUAGUGCCUGUCUCUCUCUCCGUCGUCCUCCCCAGCACGGCUCCACGCAGCACGUCUCGUCCUCUCCCAGCAACACGCUGUCGUCCUCGGCGGCUCCGCGCAGGCCGCACCAGCUCUCCAGCAGCACGCCGUCAUCCUCGUACCGCCUCUCUUUCGGUCGUCCUCCCUGCACUUCGCCACUCUGUCCGCAUCAACAACUCAUCAAUAACAGUGCCAGGUUGUACUUAUACCCCUGCUUCUGCUGCUUGUUCUUGUGAUGAUUCUGAUGACGAUUGGGAUGACACUGGCAGCGACGACCGCUUCCAUAACUGCCAACUGAUUCGAGAUUGUGAUGAAUUAAUUGACGAUUUCAUGGUGGAGGAGAAUGAACACCAACAUGAACACAAACAUGCUUUGGCUAAUUGGAGGAGGCUGCUGGUUCUGAACAAGAAAUGGAACAGCAUUAGGCACUUCUUCUUUACGCGCUGUCAGGAUAGAGCGCGCAACGAAGAUGAUCCAUGGACCAAGGACAGGCUUCUUUGGCUUGCAAACAAUCUUAAACAGAUAGAUGAUGAUGUCCAGAGACAUAAUGACCUUAUUCAAAUUAUGAAAGACAAGCCAUCGGAAAUUAGUGAAAUUGUCUCCACUUUUCGUGAAGACUUAACUAGAGAAUUCUUUGUGCAUCUUCAUACAUUAGUUGAAUCUUACAAUGACAAUCCAGAAGUGCAAAAUAAUUUCGUAAGGCUUUGGAACACAUGCUUGGCUGCUGUAGAAGAAUAUGAUGCUGCAACUCAAAGCAUUGAAGCACUAGAUGAUGCACAGGGCAACCUUAAAAAUAUGAUCACAUCUCGUGGUGAUGCUUCCAGCCAGAACAUAGAAAUUUUGGAUGUGAGAUGUCGAUGCUUUGGUCCAGAGUUAGUAGCUCGUUGGCUGCGGUCUUGUUAUGACAUGGAAGAGGUUGGAAGGAUACAUGCAAUCAUAUUGAAAUGUUUUAGAGAGUCAGCUACAUAUGUUGAUAAUAAUUUGAUUUGUAGUUAUUUGAGAUUGGGUAAUUUAACUCGGGCUCGUCGAGUGUUUGAUAAAAUGUCAAGAAGGGACAUAGUUACGUGGACUGCUAUUAUUGAUGGGUAUUUGAAUUAUAACCUGGAUGAUGAAGCUUUAAAUUUGUUUCGAGAAUCCAUUAAACAUGGGGUUCAAGCAAACAGCAAUAUGCUGGUGUGCGUCAUGAAUCUGUGUGGUAAAAGAUUGGAUUUAGAGCUGGGAAAACAAAUUCAUGCUCAUAUCUUGAAAAGUAACUGGAGGAAUUUAAUUGUUGAUAGUGCAGCAGUUCAUUUUUAUGCAAGAUGUGGGGAAAUGUCGAGUGCAUUUCGAACAUUUGAUCGAAUGGCUGAGCGAGAUGUGGUAUGUUGGACAACCAUGAUUACUGCAUGUUCCCAACAAAGGCUUGGGCAUGAAUCCUUGUUGAUGUUCUCGCAAAUGCUUGGUGAUGGGUUCUUUCCUAAUGAAUACACUGUGUGCGCUGCACUAAAGGCUUGUGGAGAGAAUAAAGAAUUGAAAUUUGGGACACAGCUGCAUGGUGCCAUAGUAAAGAAAAUAUGUAAGAGUGAUGUUUUUGUUGGAACUUCCCUCAUUGAUAUGUAUGCAAAGUGUGGUGAAGUUGUGAAUUCUAAAGAAGUUUUUGACAGAAUGAGAGUUAGAAACACAGCUACUUGGACAUCCAUUAUAUCAGGAUAUGCUCGAAAGGGGUAUGGCGAAGAGGCUCUAAGUUUGUUUCGAUUGAUGAAGAGGAAAAAGGUUCAUGUUAAUAAGAAGACAAUUGCAAGUGUCACAAUGGCUUGUGGCUCAGUGAAGUCUUUGCUGUCCGGAAAAGAAGUGCAUGCACAGAUAAUCAAGAGCGUUAUCCACGAUAAUGUUUACCUAGGAACCUCAUUGGUAUGGUUCUACUGCAAAUGCAAAGAAUACUCUCAUGCUUUCAAGGUGCUCCAGCACAUGCCUUCUAGGGAUGUUGUCUUAUGGACUGCCAUUAUCUCUGGGUGUGCCAAGCUUGGGCUUGAAUCUGAGGCCUUACAGUUCUUGCAGGAAAUGAUGGAGGAAGGUGUGGUUCCAAACGCCUACACUUACUCGUCGCUGCUGAAAGCAUGCGCAAAUUUAGAAGCGCCAAUGCAAGGGAGAUUGAUUCAUUCCUAUGCAAGCAAGACCCCUGCCUUGUCUAAUGUAUUUGUAAACAGUGCUUUGAUCUACAUGUAUGCAAAAUGUGGGUAUGUUGCCGAUGCCUUGCAAGUCUUCGACAACAUGCCAGAGAGGAAUUUAGUUUCUUGGAAAGCCAUGAUCUUAGGUUAUGCAAGAAAUGGGCAUUGCCAAGAGGCAUUGAAGCUCAUGUAUAGAAUGCAAGCAGAAGGCUUUGAGGUGGAUGAUUAUAUCCUUGCAACAGUUUAUACUGCAUGUGGAGGUGGGUGUGAAGACAUCGAUUGGGAUAUUGAGUCUUCGUCGCGUUACUGGCUUUCCUCUGAAUCUUCUGCAAAAUAGGAGCCUCAGUAAGCCCAAACAUUGUAGAUGUACCAGAUUAGAUUAUAGUGUAUAUUCAGUAGAAGUAGAGUAUGCAGAAAGGUUUUUAAUUUUCACAAUCGAUCUGCUACUAGAUGUUAAUGAUAGCAUACUUUUGUUGUAUACUUGUAUUUGCAUCCACUCACCACUCUUAAUGCCAAAUGCUACUUUUGGGGUAUUAAUGUUAAUUUAUCCAAAUCAUUAACAUGAUUCUGAA